UAGAGCGGGAACAAUAAACCGACUGUAUUAGAAUAAGAAUCUUCGACGCGAGUGCUCCAGGAAAAUAAUUAUAUCACUGCAAUUUUGUGGACUGUUGCGUUGUGUGACUGAGAGAAAUCUUGUAGUUUUUAAAAUGCAACAGGAAAGCGACGUGGGGAAGAAGAUAGAGAAGAACAAGUUCGAGUCUUCUAUCAGUGAACUCAAGAAAAAAAGUUUUGUAACCGCGACGGAUAUUGAGAAUUUUGGAGAGAGUGGCCUGACAGAAGAAUGUCGCCGCGCCUACCGGCGAUCGCUGGACGAUCCCGAGGGAUUCUGGGCCGAGGUGGGGAUGGAGCUGGAGUGGAGCAAGCCCUGGGACUACGUGUUGGACAAUACAAACCCGCCUUUCACUAAAUGGUGGGUGGGUGGCGAGUUGUCGGUCUGUCACAACGCCGUGGACCGCCAUGUGGCGGCGGGGAAGGGAGACCAGGUGGCGCUGGUCCAUGACUCCCCCCUAACCGACACUGUGAGGAAGAUCACUUAUGCUGAGCUUAAGAAUCAGGUGGCAAGAAUAGCUGGUAAACUGGCGACCCUGGGGGUGACGCGGGGCUCCCGCGUGCUGAUCUACAUGCCGCUGAUACCUGAAGCGAUCGUAACCAUGUUGGCCACCAACAGGCUGGGGGCGAUACACUCGGUCGUCUUUGGAGGAUUUGCUGCACGUGAAUUGAGAACUAGAAUAGAACAUGCCGAACCCACUGUCAUCGUAGCAGCCAGCUGCGGGGUGGAGCCUAAUAAAAUCGUAAGGUAUAAAGAUAUCCUGGACGAAGCCCUGUGCCAAAGCUCUCACCAGCCGCGCUGUUGUAUCAUAUACCAACGACGUAGAGUACUGGAAUGUUCUUUGGAAGAGGGACGGGACAUCUCGUGGCAAGAUGCGUUAGAUGCUGAACCUGUGCCUUGUGUAUCUGUUGAGGCGAACGAACCUCUGUAUAUCCUAUACACUUCCGGCACGACAGAUGCUCCUAAAGGAAUACAACGACCGUGUGGCCACGCAGCAACACUAUGCUGGUCAAUGCACGCAGUGUACGGUUUGAAGAAAGGGGUUUGGUGGUCCGCCUCAGACCUCGGUUGGGUUGUCGGGCAUUCCUAUAUUUGCUACGGUCCUCUACUUGCUGGCCUAACUUCAGUACUUUACGAGGGAAAACCCGACAGAACUCCAGAUCCUGGACAAUAUUUUAGGAUAAUCGAGCAACAUAGAGUGAACGCAUUGUUUACAAUACCUACAGCGUUCCGUGUUUUGAAAAGAGCUGACCCAGCUGCAAAAUAUUCCAGGAGAUAUUGCGGGAAAUCUUUAAAAACUGUAUUUAUCGCUGGUGAACAUUGUGAUCAAGAUACUAGACAAUGGGCCGAACGGAUAUUUGGCGUCCCAGUUUUAAACCAUUGGUGGCAGACCGAGACUGGAUCGGCAAUAACUGCCGCGUGUCUUGGGUAUGGCGUAAAGUCUGUACCGCCACAUUCAGCUGGAUAUCCCGUACCAGGAUAUGAUAUGCGAACUCUAAGAGAAGAUGGAACAGAAUGUCAGCCAGGCGAAGUUGGUAGACUAGUGGCAAAACUACCGCUUCCACCAGGCUUUGCUUCAACACUAUGGCAGGCCGACGAAAGAUUCAAAAAGACCUAUUUUGAAUCUUACCCGGGCUACUACGACACCCAAGACGCCGGUUGGAUAAGCAUCGAAGGAGCUGUAUGGGUGGUAGCGAGAGCAGAUGACGUUAUCAAUGUGGCAGGCCAUAGACUAUCCACUGCAGCUCUAGAGGAUGUAGUUCUAAAGCAUGCCAGGGUCGCAGACGCUGUGGUCGUGGGGGCCCCUGAUCCGACUAAGGGAGAUGUACCACUAUGUUUAUACGUAAUGAGGCCGCCUCAAGAUGAUGAAGAAAUUGUAGCGGAAAGUACUGUGACUCAAGAACUAAUUUCACUCGUCCGUCACCUGAUUGGUCCAAUCGCAGCGUUCCGAAAAGCAGUGGCGGUGCCAGCACUCCCUCGCACUCGGUCAGGAAAGGCGCUUCGUGGGGCCAUAGCCAAACUAGCGCGUUCCCAACUCGUCAAACUACCAGCGACUAUAGAAGAUCCCACCGUAUUCAGGGAAAUAAAAGCAGCGUUGAAAAAAUCCGGAUAUGCUAUUGAUGCACCUGAUCCAGAAUUUUAGUACCUGAUUUAUUUUAAUGUGAUUAAAUUGUGAAUUGUGAAAAAUGGGAGAUUAGAAAGGUUAAACUUACAUAAAUAUAUAUCAUAGUCGUAACUUUAUUACAUAAAUUGCAAUUUACUUCUAAGCGAUGGCAAAUCUAUAAACGCUACACCAUCAUAAAUAAUCUUGGAUGUUUAUUUCCUGAAAUAAACUUAUGCUACGUAUGUACCAGAAUACAAGCUGUUGAGUAUCUAUAGUUGAUGUGAUUAAAGAUAGAAUUAGUAAUUUUAUUCAUUUUCUGUAAUUCAUAUUUGUAUGCUAUGAAUAAAUUUAUUUCUAUUUCUAGAUAAUUAUGAUUAACUACAUACUUAAUAUAAUAAAUUAAGUUAGGAUGUGUUCACUUUGUACAUUUAUUUAAAUUGUUUAAAGGUAAAAGGGUUCCUUUUAAGUGUCUACUAAUAUGGUGUGAGCAACUACAAAUUUAACCAACAGUAAAAUAUUUCAGAAAAAUAUUAAUAAAUUAAUUUGUAUAUUUUCUAUUCAUAAUUGUGUGACCAACAUAAUGAUUUUGAAUUGGUUUUACAUAUCGACGGAGAAUUUUGGAAAAUUCAUUCUUAGGGUGAAAGCUGUGGAGAUAUUCAUGUAGGUGAAGCAGAGUACAAAACCUAGUAAUACGUAAAAAUUCUAAGAAAAAAGCUACCAAAAAGUAAAUAAAUUG